AAGAAGCCUCAUAUUAUUCGAGCACGACUGCACGAGAUAAACUCCGAACCAAAGCGAAGAAAUCAAAUCUGAAGAAGACAACCAGGCUGCUGAAGACGACGACCUUCAAGCCUUCAUAGCUUAACAAGUCAAUUUCUUCACUUGAGUCAAGCAAGGUACACGAAACAUCCCCAAAUUGCCUGACUAGGUCAAACCCAAAUACAGAGACGACGAAGACGAACGACGAAGAACCAGCAAAGGCACGGCGAAGACCCAUCAGACGCGAAGCUACUGAGAAAUAAUGGCGGAGAUGCAGCGAAGUUCGUAACUCCUACAACGUCGUCUCAACCGCAGCCGUGUCCAGAUGAAUUUUGCCGGAUCGGACACAGAUCCCAUACCAGCAACGUAGCUUUUGAGUACUUGUUAUCAAUGGCGAGUGGGAGUGUUGUUCUGCGAGCAAAGCACAAGUCUACCACGAAAGACCCUGGCACUCCCGGUGUCCUAAAAUUGGAAGAGAAGUUUAUAUUCAUGCCUAAUAACCCUCAGUCAGCUUCUUCAAAGAUGAACAUAGAUUUUCAAUUCAUUAAAGCUCAUAAGUACACUAAAGAUGGAUCCAAUAAACCACCAUGGCUCAAUCUAUCCCUUGAUCAGGGUGGAAGCCACAUUUUCGAAUUUGAUAAUUACUCUGAUCUCCAUGUUUGUCGAGAGUAUUUGAGCCAAGCCCUCACGAAGGCUGUAGAGGCUUCAAAACCUGCUCCUGAGAAAGAAACACCUAGUGUUACCACACGUCCUGAAGAACAACUAAGUACAGCAGAAAUGGAAUUAAGGAUUAAGCUACUGAGGGAGAAUGGUGAGUUGCAGAGGCUUCAUAAGCAAUUGGUGAUAGGUCGUGUUUUGACAGAAGCUGAAUUUUGGGCGAAUCGAAAGAAGUUACUUGACACAGACUCCCGCAGUAAGUCAAAACAACGAGUAGGGUUUAACAGUGUAAUGAUUUCGGACAUCAAACCAUCUACUGAUGGCCGGACAAACAGGGUCAAGUUUAAUUUGAAUCGGGAGAUCAUAUUUCAGAUUUUUGCAGAGAAACCAGCAGUUCAUCGGGCAUUUUUGAACUUGGUUCCAAAUAAGAUGACAGAAAUGGAUUUCUGGACCAAAUAUUUUAGGGCUGGAUACCUCCACAGUACCAAAAACACCAUCGCAGCAGCAGCAGAGGCUGCUGAGGAUGAGGAGCUCGCUAUUUUUUUGAAGCAGGACGAUAUAGUUGCUAGCGAAGCUUCGAAGAAGAUCAAACAGGUUCAUCCAACUUUGGACAUCCUGGCUACCGAAGCGGAUGAUUACAUGCACCUUCCAGGUCAUGGGAUUUUGCAUGAUGACAGCUUACAUGUAACUGAACAGCAAGAUGAACUGUACAAAAGAACUCUAGCGCAGGAUCUCAACCGGCAUGCUUCUGUUGUUCUUGAGGGAAGACCUAUAGAUGUGGAGUUGGAUGAUGCACGGACCCUAGCAGAGGCUCUUGCUCAGUCAAAGCAGGCUUAUGGGAAAGCUGAUACAAGCAAGGAAAAAUUGAACAGAAUCUACCCAACAACAGAAAUAGAGGAUCUUCAACCACCAAAAGAUCUUCCUUUAGCACCACUUUGCAUUAAGGAUCCUAGAGACUACUUUGAUUCUCAACAAGCUAGCCUGCUACGAACUUCCAGAGAUACACUGGGUGGAACUGAACCACUGAAAUGUAGCUUGAGCACUCAGGACGCGUAUGGAUCUCUCAGAGACUCUAUCUCUAACUUCAAGUCUGUGGGAUUGAGUAUUCCCAUAGUGAAUUCUGAAGUCGCUGCAAAGGUGUUCAAUGCAUUGACCCAUAAUAUCUCAAGUACCAAGUAUCAUAUGGGGAAAAAUCCCGGAGGGAGUGUUUUAGACAUGUUGCCAAACUCAACUAAGGAGGAACUGCUUCAUCAAUCGACGUGUAUUCAAGAGUUACUGAAGCAUUUCUGGUCAUCAUAUCCUAUAACAACUUCGUAUCUAUUUAAUAAGGUAAGCAGAUUGAAGGAUGCUAUGUCCCAAAUAUAUUCACAGCUUGAGGAUAUGAAGAAAUCUGUGCAGUCAGAUCUCAGGCAUCAGGUUUCCCUACUAGUUCGUCCAAUGCAGCAAGCACUAGAUGCUGCUAUCCAACACCAUGAUGCAGACUUGCAGAAGAGAUCGUCUCGGAGUGUAGAGAGACCAAAUGGACACACUUAAAGAGCCUUUUUUUCACAUCAAAUCAAUUUUGUCAUAUGCUGCUCAUACUAGACAAUGAGAUUUCUCAUUUUUGAUAUAUUGUUGUAUGAGUGGCUCUGUUUUUUUUUUUUUUUGAUAAGCAAGAGUGGCUCUUAUUUUUGCCGUAAUGUAUAUUACAGUUGAUUAACUUAAAUGUUGGAUGCAAAUCCAUGGAAAUGAUUAGCAAGAGAGGUAUUGAAGUACAAUUUUAGACC